AUCCAGUGUAUAAGGACAGAUUUCACUGUGAAAGUUUACGAGACGAAUGCUCGGAUUGCACUGGAGCAGGGCGAUCGUGAAGAAUACAAUCAGUGCCAAAGUCAGCUCAAAUUAUUGUACAGAGAGAUACCGAAUUCGCCGAAUCGCUAUGAAUUUACAUCCUACCGAUUGCUCUAUUACAUUUCUGUUGCAAAUACCAUUGAUCAAACUACUUUGUUAAGUGAGUUGGAUGAAAAAGCACGAGAGGAUCCGUGUAUUGAAUUUGCGCUGAAAACUAGAGAAGCUUGGGCACUGGGCAAUUAUGUGAAACUUUUCCGACUGUAUGAACAUGCCCCACGAAUGGCAUCUUAUGUGAUGGAUUUGUUUCUGGAGAGGGAACGAAAAGCCGCCCUGAAUGCCUGCCUGAAAUCGUAUGUUCUGAGUAUUCUUAAUAAUAUAUACGAUUAA